AUGAUGAGGGAGAACCUGAGCUCGUGGAUCCCCGAGAAUAUCCGCAAGAAGGAAUGCGUGUACUUCGUGGAGAGCUCCAAGACUUCUGACUCUGGGAAGGUGGUGUGCGAGUGCGGCUACACGCGGGAGCAGCACCUGGAGGAGGCCACCAAGCCGCAGGCGUUCCAGGGCAAAGAAUGGGACCUGAAGAAGCACGUCCAGGAGAUGCCCACCGACGCCUUUGGGGACAUCGUCUUCACCGGCCUGGGACAGAAGGUGGGAAAGUAUGUACGUGUGUCUCAAGACACUCCGCCUGGCGUGAUCUACCACCUGAUGACCCAGCACUGGGGCCUUGACGUUCCCAACCUGCUGAUCUCGGUCACUGGCGGGGCCAAAAACUUCAACAUGAAAGUCAGAUUGAAGAGCAUCUUCAGAAGGGGCUUGGUCAAGGUGGCACAGACGACAGGGGCCUGGAUCAUAACUGGGGGCUCACAUGCAGGGGUGAUGAAGCAGGUAGGAGAGGCGGUGCGAGACUUUAGUCUGAGCAGCAGCUACAAGGAAGGUGAAGUCAUCACCAUUGGAAUCGCAACCUGGGGCACCGUGCACAAUCGGGAGAGCCUCAUCUACCCCACGGGAGGCUUCCCCGCAGAGUACAUCUUGGAUGAGGAGAGCCAAGGAAACCUUUCCUGCUUGGACAACAAUCACUCACACUUCAUCCUGGUGGACGACGGGACCCACGGCAGAUACGGGGUGGAGAUUCUCCUGAGGACCAAACUGGAGAAGUUCAUCUCAGAGCAGACAAAAGAAAGAGGAGGGGUGGCCAUCAAGAUUCCGAUUGUCUGUGUGGUCCUGGAGGGAGGGCCCGGCACUCUGGAUACCAUAUUUAACGCCAUGACCAACGGCACCCCCUGUGUGAUUGUGGAGGGCUCGGGGCGCGUGGCUGACGUCAUCGCUCAGGUGGCCAACCUGCCCAUCUCCGAGAUCACCAUCUCCCUGAUCCAGAAGAAGCUGAGCUUGCUCUUCCACGAGACCUUCGAGACAUUUACCGAAAGCAAGAUUGUGGAGUGGACCAAGAAGAUCCAAGACAUCGUGCGGAAGAGGCAGCUGCUGACCAUCUACCGGGAGGGCAAAGACGGCCAGCAGGAUGUGGAUGUGGCCAUCCUCCAGGCACUGCUGAAAGCCUCGAGGAACCACGACCACGUUGGCCACGAGAACUGGGACCAUCAGCUAAAGUUGGCCGUGGCCUGGAAUCGGGUGGAUAUCGCUAGAAGUGAGAUUUUCACAGACGAGCGCCAGUGGAAGCCCUCGGACCUGCACCCGAUGAUGGCGGCAGCCCUGAUCACCAACAAGCCGGAGUUUGUGAAGCUCUUCCUGGAGAAUGGGGUCCGCCUCAAAGAGUUCGUCACCUGGGACACCCUAAUUUACCUCUAUGAGAACCUGGCGCCCUCCAGCCUGUUCCACAGCAAGCUGCAGAAGGUGCUGACGGAGGAGAUGGAGCGCUCGGCCUACUCGGCCUUGCCCAAGAUCCAGAUGCACCAUGUGUCCCAAGUGCUCCGGGAGCUGCUUGGGGACUUCACGCAACCACUGUAUCCCAAGCCCAAGCACAGUGAGCGGCCCCGGCUGUCCCUGGCGGUGCCUCACAUUAAGCUCAAUGUGCAAGGAGUGAGCCUCCGGUCCCUCUACAAGCGCUCUCCAGGCCGGGUCACCUUCACUAUGGACCCUGUCCGAGACCUCCUCAUCUGGGCCAUCGUCCAGAACCGCAAAGAAUUGGCAGAGAUCAUCUGGGCCCAGAGCCAGGACUGCAUCGCGGCGGCUUUGGCCUGCAGCAAGAUCCUGAAGGAGCUGUCCAAGGAGGAGGACGACACCGAUAGCUCUGAGGAGAUGCUCACCCUGGCCGAGGAGUACGAACACCGGGCCAUCGGAGUCUUCACUGAGUGCUAUCGGAAGGACGAGGAGAGAGCCCAGAAGCUCCUGAUCCGAGUCUCGGAGGCCUGGGGGAAGACGACCUGCCUACAGCUGGCUCUGGAAGCCAAAGACAUGAAGUUCGUGUCCCACGGGGGCAUCCAGGCCUUCCUGACCAAAGUCUGGUGGGGGCAGCUGUGUGUGGACAAUGGCCUCUGGAGGGUGAUUCUGUGCAUGCUGGUGUUUCCCCUUCUCUACACAGGCGUCAUCUCCUUCAGAAAGAAGAGGCUGCCCCAGGAGGUGGCAGCCUCUUCCACCCUCGGGUCUGGAGGGCCCCUGGUCGGGGGGCUGUCCCAGGAGGGGUCUCUGGAGCCUGGCGAGAUGCUGCCCCGGAAGCUGAAGAGGAUCCUGAGCCAGGAGUUCUGGCAGUACUUCGAGGCCCUGCUGAAGCAGGGGGCCGAGGUCUACAAAGGCUACGUGGAUGACCCGCGGAACACGGAUAACGCCUGGAUCGAGACCAUAGCCAUCAGCGUCCACUUCAAGGACCAGAACGACUUAGAGCUGAAGCGGCUGAACUCCCAUCUCCAGGUCUGCGACCCAGAGGUGUCCAUCCGAUGGCAGGUGGUGGACAAGCGGAUCCCGCUCUACGCCAACCACAAGGAGAUCCUGCAGAAGGCCUCGGCCCUGUUCGGCGCCUAUUACUGA